GAAUUUUAACUGCUCGCGUUUUAUUCUAAUCGAUCGACAAACUACUGCUCUGCUUGUCCAAUCUCUUAGCAUAGCUCCCCUCUUUGUGUGCUUGGUCUUUCUGAUUAUUGCUUACAAACUGGGAUGAGCACCCAGUCCUCUCCGAACCACGCUACUCCGCAGAAUGCCGAGCCGGUCCCAGAAAAUGAUCCGGACUGUGUCGCGGUGAACAUCGGCAGCGGUAAUGAUUUGGAGCCGCCAAAUGCCGAGGAGAUCGAAUCGUUCAUGUCGUUGCUAGGCUCUGAAGAUCCUGAUGAGUCUGCAAGCAAUAACAAUAACAUACUCCCUGGCAAUUCACAGAAACGACAGAAUCUCGAGUCGCACGACGAACAUGACACCAAGCGGGCGAAGAAUUUAGACUUGAGCACUCUUUCCCCCGAAAUGGAGAAGGAACUGAACGACCUAUUUGGUUCAACAUUAGAUGAUCUUCCACAACGACCAGGGGAUGAAGAAGUCUCGCAUGAUUUCCCAUGGCUCGAACGUGCCGAUGAGCAGCAUUCGAACCCGGCAGCAGAUGCAGCUGGAGACAAUAAUGCACAGUCAGCUUCUGCAAUCACACCUCCUUAUAGCGCUUCAGAAGGUUUACCGUCGGACCAAACUGCUAAUACUUCUCCGGUAGAGUAUGCGGUUACUCCGACCUCCGCUGCUUCAUACACGGUCACGGCCACCACAACACCCGCCGACGACAACAGCCCACCGCAAGGCAAAGAAGAGUUACCUGGUCAGGUCACAAUCUCUGUUGAUGAAGCUGCUGUUCUAUCCAGCAACUUGGCUGAGACCAAAGCUGAGAUUCUGAAGACGCACUCGCUCGUUACUACUUAUUCCGCUCUUAAGUCCGCUUAUGUACAAGUCUGCAACAUCAACAAAACACAGUCGGCGCAUCUUGCGCUGUACAAGCAGCGGUCCUCAGAGUUUGAAAAGAGAGCGAACACGGCGAACAGCAAGCUCCGCGUGGCGAAUAAGAAGGUCGACGAGUUGAUGGGAAUCAUUAGGAGGCUUCCCGACCAAGGCUCGAUUCUUCGCGAUAUCUCUGUUUUGGAGCGGGACUUAAAAGAAAAGGCUGCUGAGAUUGAAAGGCUGAAGCUAUUGCAUAAGGAUUGUGCGUCCCAUUUGGUGCCAACUAGGGACUCAAUCACACAAGAUCAAAGACUGGGCGAUGUUCUCUCUGACGCUUUAAACGCAGAAAAGACUGAGACACCUGUCACCACAAUUGAUUGAUCGGGGAUGGUUGUAUGAUUUCAUCUGUUUUCAGUCUAUGCUCUAUCGCUAUACUACAGAGUUUCUUACCAGGAUGUAACGCAUUUCAUAUCAUAUGGAGAAUCGGUUUGCAAAAGUUUUUUUCUGUACAUAUAUUGUCGUUAUAGCCGUUUUAUCUAUUCGUGGCAUACUUCGCGUUGUUAAAAGUUGCAUUGUUUUAUUUCGGUCUUAUUAAUAUUUAUUCCUCCGUUAAUAUCUAUAAGAUCUAAGGCUCAAUCGCUU